AUGCAGAGACCAGGCAUACUGCGGGGCCAGUACCGGAUCUAUGUGUUGGUGGGGGUCACCUUUGUCGUGUCCUUCAUCCUGUUCGAGCUCGCCACUUACGGCUCGCUUAUCUUGGACGACUAUCACCACCCGCCCGUCAUCAAGGGCUCGCCCACGCCGACACCUCUCACGACUGUCCGUGGCCUCUCUCCUGAGCAGCGGGAACGGUGGGAGGCAUCGGGCCUCAAGUGCGCCGGCUCGGGCGUGCAGCUGACGCUGGCUCGUAUCAACGACGACUACUGCGAUUGUGCUGAUGGCACCGAUGAGCCAGCUUUGGUGAUGGCUCUGACUCUGUCUGGCCGACUCUGCGCCAGGUACGAGCGCGUGUGCGAACGGACGGUUCUGCACCACAUGCCGAGCAGCAUGGUGGACGACGGCAUCUGCGAUUGCUGCGACGGAUCGGAUGAGGCGAGGCGACGAUGUCCCAACACCUGCGCCUCGUACCAUCCGCCCGCCCCUGAUGACGAUGGCGGUGACAACCUUGAUGGCGCCCACAAGAGCAAGCCGCACGAGAGCAUAGGCUACUCCUUCCUCGUCAUAUGCCUGUGGUUGUUCAUACUCUGCCACCUCUUCGCGAUUUUGGGAGGCCUUUGGUACCUUGCCUCGCCAGCUCGACGAGACCACGCCCUCUAG